AGGGAUUUGCAGCAAAGCAUUGCCAGAGAACCUAGCGCUCCUUCAAUUCCUACCCCUGCAUAUCAGUCUUCUCCAGCAGGCGGGGGACAUGCAACAGCUCCUCCAACACCAGCUCCAAGAACCAUGCCGCCUGCUAAGCCCCAGCCCCCAGCCCGGCCUCCACCUCCUGUGCUUUCAGCAAAUCGAGCUCCUUCUGCUACUGUUCCAGCUCCAGUGGGGACAGGGACUACUGCACCAGCUCCAUCACAGACCCCUGGCUCAGCUCCCCCUCCACAGGCCCAGGGACCACCCUACCCUACCUAUCCAGGAUAUCCCGGGUAUUGCCAAAUGCCCAUGCCCAUGGGCUACAAUCCCUACGCGUACGGCCAGUACAAUAUGCCAUAUCCACCUGUUUAUCACCAGAGCCCCGGACAGGCUCCAUACCCAGGACCCCAGCAGCCUUCAUACCCCUUCCCUCAGCCCCCACAGCAGUCUUACUAUCCACAGCAGUAGUAGUUCUGCUCAGAAGCUCAGCUGGUUCAGUUCAGAGGGAAAGAAAUACCGACCCUGCAAUAAGUGUACUAAACUCUACGCUCUGGUUAAUAUAAUGUACUUUACUGUACUGAAUGCAGUGUGUAAUUUCUGUCUGCGGCUAAAAGCUGUGCCCCAGUUCCACAAUUGAUUGCAUAUAUGAGAUUUUGCUGCUAUUGCAGUAUAAAUACUAGGUAUAAUAAGAUUUGAAAUAAAUUACAUUAUAGUUCAUAAAAGUUGAAGAUGAGAAAUUAAACCUGCAAGUGAAAAGUUUGAAACUAGCCUACUUUCUACAUAAGAUGCAUUGGGGAGAUCAGAUACUGAUGGUUCAAGUUUUCUUUCUCUUUUGGUUUAUUGAUUUGGUUUAAUUUCCUUUAUGAUAUUUUGCAUAAUCAGUGCAUUGUAAAUCUUAUAAUUUAAAAAUAAAUUGCUUAAGAACAGUUGUCAUUGUUAUGUUUUGUCAUUGAUUCUCAUUAUUGUCUAAUUUCUUUCUGGUACUAGUCUCUCAUUUUGUAUGUUCACAAGUUAAACAUACUGUGUUUAAGUUGCACAGACAGUGCAAGUUAAUAGUCAGGUUCAAGACAUAGGAAAACCAAAAGGGAUAGUACUAUAAUUUACCUUUCAUAUGCUGAUUAAUAAGUUAAUUUUGGCAUUUAUUUUAAAAAGUCCUAUAAAGUAGAAGAAACAUGCAAUUGU